ACCCAAUACACUCCUCUCAUCGUCUCUACUCCCCUUAAACAAAAGUUUUACAAGCGGGACCUGCCAUGCGCCCCUCCCGCCCCAGACUCCUCUUGAAUUUAACCUCACGAAUCCACCGAGUCUCCCACCCCACGGCAUCCACCCGACGAGCCCUGACGAGCGUCUCCCCCGCCGCCAGGAUGCCACGCCUGAACCCGUUAUCUCAGACCGCAAUCGACCGCCUAAGGAACUACACCCCCCCGCCCACCAGCUACGAGCAAGUCCCGCUGUCGCGGCGCGCGGCGGUCCUGGUGCUGCUGUAUGCGGACCGGACGGGCGAGUUGAGGGUUGUGUUGACGAUGCGGGCGAAGACGUUGAGUUCUUAUGCAGGACAGGCUGCGUUACCUGGUGGCCGCGCCGACACCCUGUCCGAAACCCCCUUCCAAACCGCCCGACGCGAAGCCCACGAGGAAAUAGGUCUACCCCAGACGGACUCCGAAUUCCCGCGGCCGUUCCGCGUCGAGCACCUCUGCGAGCUCCCCGCCAACCUCGCUCGAACGGAGUUAGUGGUCCGGCCGUGCGUGGCCCUGCUGCAUUCGUACGAUGAGACCACAGGCGAGAACGCCGAUCCCGAGGUCUCGCUGAUCCCCCGGUUAGACGCGAGGGAGGUGGCGGCCGUGUUCACGGCGUCGUUCCGGGAUUUCUUGCGCAUGAAACAAGAUACGGAUUCCGAGUGGUAUCGCGGGGCGUGGACCGAGUGGCAUGAGAGUCGGUGGAGGAUGCACCAAUUCUUCGUCCCCGUUCGGCCUGAAGAAGUAGUCAAGCCGAGGCCUGAGACUCAAGAACGGAAACAGGUCCUCGGGCAGCUCGAAAACCUGGAGAAGGCUGCCUCCGCUGGCGUCGCGCGGUACCGCGUCUGGGGCAUGACGGCUCGCAUCAUGGUGGACGUGGCGCGGGUUGCGUACGCCCUGGAGCCGGAGUUCGAGCACAAUAGCCACUUUGGCGAUGAGGCGAUGAUCUCACGGUUGCGGUUGAUGGGGCGGUUGAGUGCUGUGCGGAGGAAGGGCGAUCAGUUGACUAGUGAGGAUAUGAAGUUGGCGGCGAAGCUUAGUUGAGCUGUUUCCUGCUUUUGCUCCUGCUUCUUUGGAGACAGAUGUUAUGAUACCAUGCGUUGAUUGCAUUAGAUGCGCUGCUUGGCGAUAGAGCCCUGGCCUUACUGGUAGUAAGUUAGAUAGCU